UGUAAAUGUAACUGUCGAACAAAAAGUUGCGCUAGCUAAAGAAGCAGCGAGACUUAAAGAAUUAGUAUCUAAUCUAAAAAUUCAAAGAGAUGAUAUACUUAAGAAAAAUGAAGAACUUGAAAAAAUUGCAGAAGGAUUAGCAGAAAAAAUCAAAGAAGCUGCUAAAGAAGCAAUGAAACAAUUGAAUAUUGAUGAAAAUUUAAUGAAAGAAAUUGAAGAAAAAAUUGAUACAGAAGCACAAAGAAUAAUAGAAGCUCUUCCAGCAAAAAAUGAAGAUAAAACUGUAGAUAUAGAAGCUGCUUUAGUAGCCACUAGACAAAAUAUGAAAAUUGAUCAAGCGUCUAAAGAUAAUAUCAUAAAAAAGAUAAAAGAAAAAGCAGAUGAUAUCAUAGGAAAGAUGCCAGCAGAAAAUGAUGAUAAUAAUCCUAAUAUCCAAUCUGAAUUUGAUGAAAUUCAAGGAAUUAUAGAAACUGAAAUAGUUUCAUCAGAUAAUGAUAAAUAUUUGGCUUUUCUCUAUAAUUUAAUGAUAAAAACUGAGAUAUUUUUUAAAAAUACAAAGAUAAUACGAUCAUCUGAAUAUGCAGAAAUAGAAAAAAUAAUAAAUGAUGCAAUAUAUUCUAAUAGAGAGAUACUUCAAUUAUUAAGAGUUAGUAAGAAGAUAUAUUUUGAAUUUGUAGAUGAUUAUGGAAAAGUAGAUAAAUAUCUUCAAGGCUUAAUAGACUUGCGAGAAGAAGUAAAUAAGCAUAAAUUUUUAGUAGUUUUACAUAAAACACAAUUAUUUAAUUUAAUAGAUAAUAAAAUUAAAGAAUUAAGAAUGGAAGAGGAUGAAGAAAUUUAA